AACUAAUGCCAUAGAAUUAGGAGGGAAAGCUUAUCAGUAAUCAAGGAGAGCUUGAUUUAUAUUUUGGGGGGUCAUGGCAGGACGAUUAGGCUGGGGAAUCCUUGAAGAAGGUUGGAGGAAAGGGCCUUGGACUGCUGAAGAGGAUAAGUUGCUCACUGAAUAUGUCAGGUUGCAUGGAGAGGGAAGAUGGAACUCUGUGGCAAGGUUUGCAGGGUUGAAGAGGAAUGGUAAGAGCUGUCGGUUGAGAUGGGUGAAUUACUUGAGGCCAGACCUCAAGAGAGGACAAAUAACUCCAUAUGAAGAGAGGAUCAUCAUGGAGCUACAUGCUCGAUGGGGAAACAGGUGGUCGACAAUUGCAAAAAGCUUGCCUGGGAGAACAGACAAUGAGAUCAAGAACUACUGGAGGACCCAUUUAAAGAAGGAGCACUCUGAAAGGUCGAAAACUCGAUUUCGAAGAUGGCAACAGCUUCAACAAAAGAAGCAGCAACUACAGCAGCAGCAACAACAACAGCUGCAAGAACAACAUCAACAAAACCAAUUUGACAUGAAAAAAAUCAUGUUUCUAUUUGAUGAGAGUAACCAUAGAUUGUCAUCUCUAUCCCCAGUGAGGCAAGAUAUGGUCUUCAUAUAUCCCAGCAACUCUGAGGAGCAAUGCAUGAUGUCUUCCAUGUUUAACAGCAGUGCCUCUGUGCAGGAGGCCUCAAGUGAGGAGAUCCUAUGGGGUGACCUAUGGAACUUGGAUGACAUCCAUGCCAACUUGGACACUGCCUGUUCAACCAGCAAAGCUAGCUUGCCAAAUUUGGUCACUUCUUCACCUUCUGAGUUUAACUGAGUAGCCUUCAACUUUAAGCACAGUGUCUGAUACUUAUUGGUGUAAAUUUUGUCUGAUACCGAAAGGCAAACCUCUUAUGGUUUAAGUUGGUAUUUUAUUAGACACGGUUAUAAUUAGGCCCAGUUAUUUAAUCUAUGGAAAAGAAAAUAGAUGAUAUUUACCAAUA